UGCUGAAUUUCAUCGCCGUAAGGUUGUCGGUCCUGUCGAUCUGUCGACACAUUCUUUUUCCGGCGAGAUCCUCAGGUGGACGUAUCGUAGUUUUUAUAAUUUUAGCCGUAAAAUUAUAUCCAUCUUCCCAAAAUGAAAAUCUGGAAGGAUAUCUUCACCGGUGACGAGAUGUUCUCGGACACCUACAAACUGAAGCUGGUCGAUAAUGUGAUUUACGAGGUCUACGGAAAGCAUGUAUCCCGUGCGCUAGGAGACGUCCAGCUGGAUGGUGCGAAUCCAUCUGCCGAGGAAGCCGAAGAGGGCACUGAUGCCACCACCGAGUCUGGUGUCGACGUUGUGCUAAACCACCGUCUGGUUGAAACCGGAUUUGGCGAUAAGAAACAGUUCACCACCUAUCUGAAGGAUUAUAUGAAGAAACUGGUCGCCCGGUUGGAGGAGAAGAACCCCGAAGAGGUGGAAGUCUUCAAGACCAACAUCAACAAGGUGAUGAAGGACCUGCUCGGACGCUUCAAGGAUCUGCAGUUCUUCACCGGCGAGUCGAUGGACUGCGAGGGACUGAUUGCCAUGCUCGAGUACCGUGACAUCAACGGCGAGAGUACGCCAGUCCUGCUCUGCUUCAAGCACGGCCUGGAGGAGGAGAAGUUCUAGACUUAUCAAAACAACUGUAAUGCAACAGUUUGUUGUGUAUGUAUAGCUAGUUCCGUAAACUGUUUCGAAUUCGAUGACGGCACGACAAUGAACGGCAUCGGACGGAGAGCGUACGUCUAAUUCUCUCAAACCCAUCCAGGACGACUUUGGCAGAGUAAAUUCUCUUCUUUAUAUUUUUUUAAAAGUAAAAUUCCUACAAAAUUGUUUUGCUUAACGCUUUUAUAUUUAUUUAUCUCAUAUCAGAUUCAAUUUUUUUUUCGUAAUUGUUUUGUAAUAAGUAGGACACAAUGAACGGAAACUAUUCUUCAUGAGCAGCGAAAUCACAAUCUUCUUUGCGCUAGAGUGGCGAUCCAAUUGUAUACAAUUCCAAUAGAGCGACAAGACUUGUUAAUUUUUUCUUACCAUCUUAUGGAAUCGUCACAUUGAUUGGCUAAAGCUUGUUCCUGUUGCAACAUAAAAAAAAUAUACAAAUGAUGAUACCAUAUUGAAACGUCUCGCAUUUACUACGGAAAAGGAAUCAAAAACAGGAAAGCUUAGUGUACUUCAAUUCACCCAUCAAUACUCGUUGAGCAAGCGGCAUAGGUUUACUUUUUUUUUGCUUCCGAAACUGCAGGAAUACAAUCAUCUACUUUGUUUUUAGAAUGGUGACCGGAAGGUGGAGGAAUACUGUUUUCUCCUUCGCUAAAUUUAAAUGUCUGGAAAACAUAAUUAGAUCAACCACUGAUAAUGCUAACCAUAAGGAAAAGAAUGUCAAGUAAAUAAGGAAAAGAUAUGCACAUAAAAUCGCCCGGAACAAACUCCACCGCGUUUCCGGGCAUGCUAAA